UAUCCUACCCAUAGAAACAUCGUUACUAUGGGUUUCAUGCUGCAACAACUGAUCAACAAUUGUUUUGAUUGAUUGUUAAUUACUAAGAUAUAUGUUGCUGUAUCAGUUCCGGGGUUGAAAAGUUUUUUCUUUGCUUACAAUUUAUUUUCCUGGGGAGUUUUGUGUUGGUGCAUUACACUUGUGCUGUUAGAAUCAGAUAGCCACUGAUAUUUUAAAUGGUUGAAAAUAUUCGAAGAAAAUCCAGAAACAGUCAGAAUCGACAGGCUUACACAUCUGAUGACGCUUCAAAGGCUGCCAAAGCUGCUUCUUUACUGUUCAAUAAAACAAAUAACCAAGUUAGUUCUCACAGCUUGUCUCAUUCAAAAUCAAGUCAAAAAUUGGGCCCCAUAAACUUGCCAACUAAGCAGAAAAUUAAUCUUCCUGAUUAUUAUACUACUAACAAUCAAAAUGUCACUCGCUAUUCCAAUGAAAAAUUUAAACAGAAAAUUAAUUCGAAUAAAUCUACAGUGAUUGCAGGACAAAAUUCACUGAUCAAUGGGAUUAUUGGAUCGAGAGAAAUAAAUGCCAACGUUAACUCUAGUGAAUUAACUGAUGAUAAUGCGAAUAAAAUUUCACCUAAAAAUGAGGAUUUAAAAAUGAUUUACGGCUUACAUGUUGGUCACACAAUGUCUGAUAAUAAAUCUUACACAGGCUUAUCACAGAAGCAACUUCCGUUUUCUUCUUCUAAAUCAAACUUAGGCUUAAAUUUAAAUCUUCCUGUGAAUUCUCAGAUUUUAAAUAACAAACUCAUUAAUAGAUCCUCAGCUGUUAAAUCCAAUAACAUUUUUAUUUCCAACAGUUCAAACCCAUUGUCAGCUGGUACAAAACAGGAAAAAGUUCAUCAAACCAAACAUGCCUCUUCGGAUCCUAAUGUCGUGUCAGCUCACUUUUCAUCUCUUACUUCUUCAACUUCGCAGAUAAACCUGCUCAACUCUUUUCACAGAAAGUCGAAAUCAUCCUUUUCUGCGUUGGCAGCAGCAAAUAAAGCCAUCAACUCUUCAAAAUCGAUAUUGAAUAACUCACUCAAUGUAAGUCACUCUUCAUUUCCCACAUGUUGCCCCAACACCAAUCUUAGAACUAAUAAGAAUACUUUUUAUCGUAAGACCAUUGAUAAUACUUAUUCUAACUCUCACGAGGGCCGACUAACUCGAAAGUAUCCUCAGGCUGCUCUAUUUAAUAAAGAUAUUUCUGUUAUGAAAGGAAAUAAUGAUUUUCUAAUUCUGCACACUACACUCAAUAACAAUGUGGAUCAACCAAAAGUAAUUUAUUCUGAUCAACCGAGCUUUUCAAUCAUUUCGGAUUCUAAACCUCUUUCAGGUUUAAAAUAUUACCCUAUUCUGAAUGGAAUCAAAAAUAGCUCUGAUUCCAUUCUUUUAGCAAGGUCAUCAGGGUUUUCAACAGAAUCAUCUCUGUCUCUUAAAGGUAAUAAUCAUUCCAGGGUUUUUAAAGGAGAGCUUAAUAAUAAUAAAAAGAACACCUCGUUUUCUGCUGUUUCUUGCUCAUCUUCUCUGAAUUCACUACCAGCACUCAACUUAAAUCAUCAUUUAAAAGGUAGUUCAAAUUCUCAAUCAUUCAACCAACCCAUUGAAAAUUAUAUUGAAACUGGUUGUUUUAAACCAAUUAGUGGUUCUACUCAUAAAGUAGAUUUUUCGAAAACAAUACCACAUUCUACUAAUGUUUUGGGGAAGGUUCAAAUCAAAAAACCAAAAUCGUCAGAGGCUCAACCUCAUGGGGAAAAUCUUGAUACUACUCAAGGGCUAUUUUCAAAAAAUUUUGAUCAAGAUAAGUUAUUUGAUACAUGCCCUGAUUUUUUUCUUUCAAAUUCAAUAUGUUGGGCACCUUCUGAUCAUUGUAUUCUCGAAAAGAACUCUGCCAAUCAAUUAGAGACCUUUGACCAUUCAGAAGUUGAAGGCCCAAUUGAUAAAAUCAAUGUAUCACAAGAUUUUGCUACAAUUACCAAUAGAGCUGAUUCUAUUCCACUCAAUACUACUAGUCAAUCAUCUAGAUCCAACAAAAAUGGAGCUGCUCAUCUUCAGAUUUUUGCAAACAAAAUAUUUUGCGAUUCUUUUCCUUUCGAAAAAGAUAAGAAAAAUACUAUGAUAAAAUGUUCAUCUGAUCUACUUCCUCUGACCGCCGAAGAAAAUUCAAAAGUUAAUCCUGUCACAACUCCUCUAGGAUUUUAUGGUGGAGAAGAACUGGGUCUUUCAAAAUCACCUGUACGCAAACCGCCACCGGAGAAUUUGAAUUCUGGUUUUCAACAUGAUUCUGCUACUAAAGUAGAAGAUGCUACAUUUGAUUAUUUUUAUGAGUACGAAAAAUAUGCUAAAUUUGAUUUUCAUGCAUCCGAUCAACAGACAGACCUUUUUUUGGAGGAGAAGAAUUAUCCAAAUGAUAUUCAAGAUGGAUUUACCAAUAUGGAUCUGUUGAAAAAUGAUGAAGUAAAUAAAAUCAAUUACCCAAUAUUUGAUAAAAACAAAUUGAACUACUCGGAAAACACUUUUGGUAAAAUGAAUAACUCAUUAGAACCAAAAGCCAAAGAUCAAACUGAGGCUUCAAACCAAGAGAAUGGCGCUAAUACUCCGCAGGAAAUAUUUUCAAACCUUCCUCAGUACACACUAUUACCUCGAAUAAAUGAAGGAAAUGCUCGGCAAAAAAUAAAAACCACUGCACUACUGAUGAUUAAGGACUGGAAGGGAAA